AUGGCGAGACGUCUAACUGCUGAAGAGAAAGGGAAAGGCAUUGACACAGGAGGUCUGGAGCCGACUCCUCCCCCCCCCCCAACCCGUGGAGCUGAACAACCUUUGAGAGGAAGAGGAAGCAGGGACUUCAGGGAAAGAGUCGACAGGCAUGGUCGAUCUUUUGGCGAAAGAAUUAGCACAAGAUUUACUCGUAACCCUCCACCUGUCCAGAACCAACCUCUUCUCAGCCCUACACGAAGAAGGAGUGGAGUUGCUCCUUAUCAGCAAACGGAGUACACCUCCCCCCCUUAUGCGAAGAGUAGAAGACACCACCCAUACGAGACACCUCACAGGAGAUCCUUGUUCCCUCCUAGAGAGAUGAAGGAAUGGAGAAGGAAAACAACUGUCGAGGUUGAACAAGAAGUCAACUCACCGAAUCCCAUUCCGAUUCCAGAGCAGCCUGUGACUACUCCAGCACCUGAGAUACAUGAAUCGAUGGGAACGGAGAGACAACAACAACGAGAGAGAAUAAUGGAAGAUAUUAAUAGAGCUACACAGAUGUACCUGAACUGCGACGACCCUACAGAAGCAGCAGCAAGGCGCCUCAGAGUUCUUUCAAGCGAAACCAGAGGCCAAGUUGAGGAGACUGUGAAUAUGAUGAUGACAGAGAGGGCCUAUCCUACACUGACUAGAAACCAAGGAAUAAUCGGGAGCAACUCUGGACAGGAUAAGACAAGGGAGGUUGUAAUGGAGGAGCUCCAUGACACCACCCUCCAGUAUAUGAGCUGUGCAGAUCCCACCGAAGCAAGGGCUAGACAACUGAGAGUUCUUGAAGGUGAUGCACGAGGCGAGAUGGAAACGGUAGCCACAGGAAUUCUAGCUGCAAGUAGGGUCCCACAAAUAGCUCCUCACCAACAACUGAUUGACCACUCGGACGAUAAUCAUACAAUUCAACCUGAGAACGAGAUGGCUCAUCGGGAGCUAAUGCUAGCCCCAACGUGCUCUUGGGAACCAGCUCAAGGAAAAGGUUUAUCUCUACUCUAA